AUGACGAAGAAGAAGAAGUCUAAGCGCGGGCUCUCCGGCAAGAGCACCUCGUCUUCCCCUUCUUCCUCUGCCUCGACUCAAUCCUCUGGCGCAACUAAGCAAGUCUCCGACAAGUCUCUUGCUGGCUCGCCACCGAAGAAGCUUGACCUCGCAGCCGCUGUAACAGAUGGCUCGGUUGACCUUCAAAUCCCGGAUCUGGCUUUGGAAUCUAGGGUUUCAGAACAAAUCACAAAAGGCGAUUCCAAGCAGGCUGCCGACAAGACAUCUGCUAGUAACCCCUCGAAACAGCUUGACCUCGUAGCCAGCAAAGUAGUUGACUCGGUUGACCUCCCACCCAUGGACCUGCCACUGGAGCCUAGAACUUCAGAGCAGCUCUCACCAAAAGAAAUUGAGGCUCCCACCAAGGAGUUGCUCUCGAAUAUCCCAAUUCCGGCGGUUGCACAAGACGGUGUAACCACAGAAUCUCAAUCUGCGCAAACUGCCCCGACGGUGAACCCAGAAAAUGAAUCAGCGACUGCCCGCCCUGCGACCCCACCGGCUUCAGCUCCUGUUAACUUGACAACCACCCACGUUAAUCUUGUAACCAUAAUGAGAGUGGAAAAACUGUCCUACAAAUAUUCGAAUAUCUAA